AUGGGUUCGGCUUUUGGUGAUCGAAAACGUUUGGAAGAUUUGUUGAAAGCAGAAGAGGUCAAAUCUGAACAUGAACUUCAAAUUAUUGAAGCGGAUGAUGAGGUUGAAUCUGUGGAAGAUGACCCACCGCCUCCCCAACAAAAUAAGCAAACAACUCCUCGUCCAACACCUCCAAUAGAUCCGCAAGCAGGAAUUGAUUUAUUAGACCAUUGGACACGUUCAAUAGAAAAAAUGGCAAAAUCUCCAGACAUUUUGAAAAAUUUGAGCAAUUCAAAUAAUUCAAUUGUGUCAACUUCUAUCAAUUCCAAUGUCAAUAAGAACAAUUUAAACAAAUCUGGAAGGUGUUCUUUUAAAGAAUCUGCACAGACAAUUCCUAUUGUUUAUGGAGCUGGGACUCCUGCUACAGAAAAUUUGAGUUUGGAACAAAAAACGAAGCGUUGUUUAGCUGAUCUUCACAGACAAAUAACUAAUGGAAUUCCAAAAAGAAAAUGUCAAAUGUGCAAUCAAAAUGUCGACAACGAUUAUCGUUCAAUGAAGAAUCACGUUUUUCGUGUCCAUUUUAGGCCUUAUAAUUUAAAUAAAUUUACUCAACUUUUGGAACGGUGUUUUAAAAAAGAUGGCAAUAAUUGUAAUAUUUUUAUUACAAAUGAUUUACAAUGCAAUGUUUGUGGACGAGAAUUGAGAACUAAAAGUUUGUUUGCUUUUUUAUUUUUUUUUUGA